AUGGCUCCGGACCUCAACUCAAUGCCGCCAUCGCCGAUGAAGGCGCAGGCACCUGCCGCGGAAGCAGUACCAAGACUCGAUGGCAACACCUCCAAUGGCACGCGCCAGAAGCAACCCAAUAUCCUCUACAUCAUGGCGGACCAGCUAGCCGCGCCGCUUCUCAAGAUGUACAACCCAGACUCGCAGAUCAAGACUCCUAAUCUCGACGCCUUAGCAGCGGAAUCAGUCCAGUUCGACAGUGCCUACUGUCCCUCACCACUCUGUGCCCCUUCCCGCAUGAGCAUGAUCACUGGAUUGCUGCCCAUGAAGAUUGGCGCUUACGACAACGCUGCACAAAUCCCCAGCGACAUUCCAACAUAUGCACACUACCUACGCAUGCACGGGUAUAAGACAGUUCUGGCAGGCAAGAUGCAUUUCAUUGGCGACCAACUGCACGGCUACGAGACACGCUUGACCAGUGAUAUCUACCCCGGCGAUUUUGGCUGGGCGGUGAAUUGGGACGCGCCCGACACCAGGCUUGAGUGGUACCACAAUGCCAGUUCCAUUCUACAGGCCGGUGUUUGUGUGCGCAGCAACCAGCUGGACUAUGACGAGGAGGUUAUGUACCGGUCCAAGCAAUUCCUUUAUGACCACGUCCGCCAGGGUCCGGAUGCCCGUCCUUUCUGUUUGACGGUAUCUCUUACACACCCGCACGACCCUUACACGAUCGAGAAGAAGUACUGGGAUCUGUACGAGAACGUGGAUAUUGCGCUACCCAAGGUGCAGAUCCCCAAGGAGGAUCAGGAUCCGCACAGCAAACGCCUGCUCAAGGUGUGCGACCUGUGGGACCAGGAGUUCACCCCUGAACAGAUCAAGCGAGCUCGAAGAGCCUACUACGGCGCCGUCAGUUACGUAGACGACUGCAUUGGCAAGCUGCUAGACGUUGUGAAGGCGUGCGGGUUGGACGAUAACACGAUUGUUGUCUUUAGCGGCGAUCAUGGCGACAUGCUGGGCGAGCGCGGUCUCUGGUACAAGAUGAGUUACUUCGAAAGCUCAGUUCGAGUCCCCUUGCUUGUGCGGCCGAGCGGCCGGGGUGAGUUUUUACCGCACCGGGUCACACAGAAUGUCAGCACGUUGGACAUGCUCCCGACACUUUGUGAUCUGGUGGGUACCAAACCCUUGGCUGGACUACCCAUGGAUGGUAUUAGUCUACUCCCGCAUCUCCAGGGCCGCUCUGAGGAGGGUCAUGACACGGUUCUGGCCGAAUACACUGGCGAGGGCACGGUCAGCCCUUUGAUGAUGAUUCGUCGCGGGCCGUGGAAGUUUGUGACCUGCCCUGCGGAUGGGCAGCAGUUGUUCAACCUGGCCGAAGAUCCGGACGAGGUGGUGGAUUUGGUCAAGGUGCUGGCUAAGAAGAAAGCGCAGAGUGGAGGAGGUACCAGCGAGGCAGACGAGAAAAUUCAGUCUGUACUGGCAGCUUUCCAGAAUGAGGCCGAUAGUAGGUGGGAUUAUGCAGCCAUUACCGAUGAGGUGCUAAGUUCGCAGAGGAGACGGAGACUGGUGUGGGGUGCGCUGAAGAAGGGCAAAUUUACAAGCUGGGACUAUAAUCCAAUUGAUGAUGGACGGGAGAACGCCACACUUGAGAAGCAAAACUUCAUUCUUGCAAAGAACAUCGACUCCCUAAUCGGCGUUACGAAAGACAACGCCAAUCUGUUUUCCAGGAUUGUCGUACAUCCAUCAACAAAUUUCCCAGGUCGCGAAUAUGAACAAAUCCUCCAGCAACUUCUCCGGAAGAAACUCGAGCCCAGCGUCGAGUCCAGCGUCGAGGCGGCCAGGGAAGCUGCUGCUGCGGCAGGCAUAGAGCCCAGUAACUUUGUGACCGAUGACGCAGCCAGGAGUGGUAGUCGCAGGCGCAAGAGUGCCACAAACUACGAUAGCGACAGCGACGGCGAUGAGGAGUAUGCUGGACCUGAAGAGGACGAAUAUGCCGACGAGGACGGCGAGGGUGGGCAGAAGGAGCCGCUGGGUCUAGGGGAUGUCUGGCACGCCAUUCGAAUGUGGAGUAUAGAGCGUCUGGGAAUCUAUGGCAGUUUGGAGGAGCCAAAGAUGUUCACACCUGAGGAGCGGGCGAUGGGAAUCGACAAAGUGCGCACAGGGUUAAAACGCAAUUUGGCAGAGCUAGAGCCUGAUGACGGUGAAGGAGAGGAUGAUGAAGAUGAUGAGGAGGAAGAGGGCGUGGAGGAACCCGGAAAGAUCCAGGAGCAUACGCAGCAGCAGGCACAACAGCAACCGUUGCAACAAGCAUCUCAGGAUCCAUCCUUGGACACCGAAUACCUACUGUGGUUCGGUGCGCGCGGAGACCUGGCCAUGCCGAUAACAGUGGAACGCUUGUCGGACACGUAUGAGCAGGGAAGGAGGGUAGUUACGAGUAGAAAAUAA